UGAGCGUUAAUCGAGAUAGGAGGACCGCCUCUCAGCACUGCUUGUGCCUCCACGUCACGCCUAUUCUCCUCGACCGACAUCAGCAUUGCACUCGUUCCCUCGGAGAGCGCGCUACCCCUGGCACAAUCGACCAACCUGACGCAUCGCGAGAUCAAAAAAUAUCAGCCUUCGAAAGUCACUGAGCUGAAACGGUCGAGACACUUAAUGGAGAAGUUAGAGCAUUCGCUUCAAGCAUCCGACCAGGACGCUGUAUCCAUCCGCCACAUCCCUGCCGACGUCCUCCGACUCGUAUUCUCCGAAUAUGUGGACAUCCCUGGAAAUGCUCAGAGCCUGCUUCGAGCAACUAAUCUCACAAUGGUGUGUCACACUUGGCGAGCUAUUGCGCUAGAUACCGCGGAACUGUGGACGGAGAUAAAAUUGUUUCUCAAUCAAUACCUACCGCCACUCUCAGCAAUAUCAACAGUUCUCGCUCUAUCACGUCGACAGCCUAUUGACAUCUAUUUGCGGAUAGAUGGACACUCAAGAAGGCCCGGUCAUGCAUACUGGUGUAAAGUUAUCGAAUUGGUGUGGGAGCAUCAAGAGCGGUGGAGAUCUUUCGAUCUCGACUACUUCUACGAUCCUCACAGGUCGGAAGGCAUGGAUCUGAAAUUACAGGGAACCUUGCCUUACCUACGCUUUCUUCAGUGCAACUUCCAAAGUGAUGGGAUUACCGGAGGAGACCACGAGAUUUCGAUCAGUGUUCACAAUUUUGUGGCGCCAAGAGUGCACGACUUGACCCUUGGUCGCUACGUCAACAGGAUCUUCACGCCGACGGAUUUAAGCCAUUCAUUCCUUUCACUCGAAUCCCUCCUUCUCGAUUCCCCACAUCAUCGAAGGGAAAGCCGCGUCGAGAUAUUGAGAGCACUGGCACACCUACCCAAGCUGCAAGUUCUCCAGCUCGUCAGCGAUGGUGGCGGAGACUCUCCCACGACGCAGUUUGAUCCCAGCUCCCCGAUUUGUUUGUCAUCCCUCAGAGAGUUCACCAUCACAUCAUCCGGGAAGUCAGCGAUCACUGAAUGGCUGGCCAUAUUUCGGGCUCCAAGUUUGAUGACUAUCGCAAUUUCAUCUUGUUCCAAGGUGGGGACGCGGGGCAUUGGCACAUUCAAUGUGCGGUUCCCAUCGUUGCGCACGAUGUACUUCGACAUACGCUAUCAAAUCGAGCCAAUUAUCGGGUAUGCCGAAUUGUCAAGAUACGCACCAGUUAUAGAGUUCGAAAUCGGCGGAGAUUGGAACCUCAUGUACUUGAUGCGAAUUUUGAGGCAAAAGCAGAAUGGCACAUAUCUCUAUCCUUCAUUAUAUCGACUGGAGAUUCACUCUUCGCUCCACCUGGGACAGUAUCCCAUCGACAAUGCCUCAAUAGAAGCUUUGUGCAAUUUCGUCAAGACACGUUCGUGGAUGAGAGCUCGGAGGAAACAUGGUAAUAUUGAUACAUUUGGUGCCACACUUCGAGAAGUGCAUAUACGGAUCUCUGGGGAUAUGACACAGUCGCUGAGGGAGUGGUUCGAGAGGAACUUGGUAUCCUUCACCUGCUCAUCAACGAUACUGCAAGAUCUGCAAAUGGACUCUGUGAGACUGGUGAAUGGCGAGGAGGAAUGAUGCGGGAUGGAGAAUAUUGGAUUACACUCUGUGUUGUCUGUCUAUGGUGGGUCAUGCGAAGGCUAUGGGAUCACAUUCAUGUUGCUCAGUCGCUUUUCGAUGUCAUUACAUAUCCCUAGCUGAUACCAGAAGAGAACUCAUUACCACCAACUUUCAAGAGUCAAGCGCUUAUGUCGUAGGGACCUUCAUAACCAUGCGAAGGGGCGAACACGGCGACAACAAUACAUCUG